UCAGCAGCGGCGCUGACGGCGGUGGCCGGUCAGAGCUCUGAGCGGGGCCUGGGCAGCGACGGGGCCGUAGGACCUCGCGCUGCGUUCGCGGGCUCCGGGGCGGGGGCGGCGGCGGCGAAGCCCCCUCCCCGGGGAGGCGGGGCCUGGGCGAGCUCCCCAGCCGGGGAGCGGCGGCGGCUGAGAAGGAUGCAUCAGAAGCUGCUGAAGAGCGCUCAUUACAUCGAGCUGGGCAGCUACCAGUACUGGCCAGUCCUGGUGCCCCGCGGCAUCCGUCUCUACACCUACGAACAGAUCCCCGUGUCCCUCAAGGACAACCCGUACAUCACCGACGGCUACCGGGCCUACCUGCCCUCCAGGCUGUGUAUCAAAAGUUUGUUUAUUUUAUCUAAUGAGACGGUAAAUAUCUGGAGUCAUUUGCUGGGUUUCUUUCUCUUCUUUACACUGGGAAUAUAUGACAUGACAUCAGUGUUACCUUCGGCAAGUGCAUCCAGAGAAGAUUUUGUAAUUUGUUCUAUUUGUCUUUUCUGCUUCCAGGUCUGUAUGCUUUGCUCUGUGGGCUAUCAUCUUUUUUCUUGCCAUCGAUCAGAAAAAACCUGUCGAAGAUGGAUGGCAUUAGAUUAUGCAGGAAUUUCUAUUGGAAUACUGGGCUGCUAUGUCUCUGGUGUAUUUUAUGCUUUUUAUUGUAAUAACUACUGGCGUCAAGUGUACUUGAUCACAGUGCUUGCCAUGAUCCUGGCAGUGUUCUUCGCACAGAUCCAUCCCAAUUACCUCACCCAGCAGUGGCAGAGGCUCCGUUCUAUCAUCUUCUGUUCUGUUUCGGGAUACGGAGUGAUCCCAACUCUUCACUGGGUUUGGCUCAAUGGAGGAAUCGGUGCUCCUAUUGUACAGGACUUUGCACCCCGUGUAAUUGUGAUGUAUGUGAUUGCUCUUCUUGCUUUCCUAUUCUACAUUUCCAAAGUUCCAGAACGGUACUUUCCAGGACAACUAAACUACCUCGGAUCAAGCCACCAAAUAUGGCAUAUCCUUGCAGUAGUGAUGUUAUAUUGGUGGCAUCAGUCAACAGUGUAUGUCAUGCAGUACAGACAUAGCAAGCCUUGCCCUGACUAUGUUUCACAUUUGUGAAUUCAGGUAUGGCCACCUGCUGUAUUCAGUUAUUAAGCAAUAUGUAAUGGGGAGUUGUAUACCCCACUGUUUCUAAGAUUCACCGUAAUUUUUUCUUUUUCCUCCUAUUUAAUAUAUCAUGAGUAUUACUUUAUAAAAAUGGAAAAAUAUACUUGGGGAUCUGUAAUAAUAACUACUUUACAGCCCUUAAAACUACUAAUUUGCUGCUUGUACAGAAAGUGAAAAUUAGUUGGCAUUUAUAAGAAACAUCUGAAUAACAAUGAAUGUGAAACCAGUAUAGAAAUAGUAUUUGUUUUACUUAACACCAGCUUAAUUUGCUUAGGAAGGGCUCACCUCCAUUAUAAAAUGGAGUCAUCCUGUUUGAUUCCUUUAAUAGAAGAUAUUUACGGUAGUUGAUCAAGUUUUAAGUGCCUAACCAAGGCGAAGGUUGCAAUAGCCUAUGCUUAACGUAAGCUAGGAGACUGGUUUUGAAUAAUUACUAGCCUUUAAAUAUAUGGUUUGUGAGAAACUGGCACUUAAAAUAUGAUUUCCUUUAGCUAUAGUCUCUCUUCCCCUUAGGAACAUUGUAUUUUUUGGUUUGCUAGAAUAAAAACUUCAAUCCUUUCCUCCCUUGAGAGAGGCUUUGAGAAGAAAAGAACUUGCAUCAUUUUCCAUCGGAUAAGAAUCACAUUAAAAACUGAUUAUAUGAUCAGGCAACAAAUUGUGUGGUCUAAUAAUAACUAAGACAUUAUUAGCAUUUAAUCCUUUUAAUUUUGAAGAAUAUUAUUUAGUUCCAUAUAAUAAUUGCACUCUUGCCAGUGGAUUACAGAUUUUUGGUUCCAAAAUUCCUGUAGAAGAAUUUCACUGAAUUUGCAGUCCUAAAUUUCGUGACGGAUGGGGGUUCCCAAUUAGAUGGGUGCCACUUUCAAGGCCACAGAGUCCAGAUGGCCCAGUCUUGACCCUGAAAUGAACCUUAAGCCUUAGAACAAAGUCAUGCUGAUUCCCCAUUUGAUGACAUGAUUGUUUACCUGUGCUCUAGCCUUUCCAUUUAUGCAUGUGUUAGCAUUUUAUUGACAACUCACAGUAUUGAUAACACUAAUAUUUGAGCCUGAAACAUUUUUACUCAUUAUAUAUACCUAAAAAAUAGAUCUCACUGCCCUACCAUACAGCACUCUUCUUGUUCUUUGGCCUUGUCAUGUAUAAAUUAAGUUCCUUAAAGCAGUCAUUCACAAAAACAUGCUGUUCAUUGGAAUAUAAAUUAUUAUUCAGAUUUCUUAAUGGGUUGACAGGAGUUGCUUUGAAUACUGGUGUAUCUUCAGAACCUUGGAAUUACCAAAUAUCAGAAGUGUUGAUUGAUGGUGAAGCUUAUUUCCACAUUGCCACGUAUACAUCUGGUGUUAGGAAUGUUACUUUAAUGUGCCUCAGUUUAUGCAUCUGUAAAAUUUUGUAUUUCUUUUCAGUAUAGUGUUUUUGGAAUAUAAAUUCCCCAUGCUAGUAUCUCAAUAAGGAGAAUCUUCCCAGUAGACUAAGGGUGCUGUAUUAUACCCAUUAUGAUGAUGGAACACACUGCUUUGAAAAUGGCUAUUUUAUAAGGCCACAGAUUUGAUCUAUGUGUUAAGUGAAAGAAGACUUUAGUGUAAUGAUAAUAGGAUGUAUUUUCCCUAAACCAUCUCUUACGGGUUUACAUGAUACUGGUUUUAAAUAGAUAUUUUGUCAUUUUAGCCAAACAAAAUACACUGAGUAGUUAUACUUAAAAAGUCUAGUUAUUUUAGGCCUGAUACCACUUUUACUAUAAAAUCUUCUCAAAAUAAAAACAUAUUGAACUGUAAGUUUCACUUUCUCUUAAUUUUUAAAAAAUAUUUCUGGUUUUUUGUAAUAGUAUAUUAAUUAUUUAAUCCUUGCCAUCUGAAUUCAUGGAUAA